AUGGCGCCUGCUCUCGUUCUACUUUUUCUUCGAAGCAACAGCAGCAGCAGCAACGUUCUGCGCCGCGACUGCAGGCGGAAAGAUCAUUACAAGCAAAUUUCGCGGCGCAAGAGGGCUGGUUCCCUCCCUUGGAGUGUCACCGAUCGCUCAAAACGGGCUUCGUCCACGUCGCUGUACAGCUCGGACAAAUCUUGCACUGCCGAUCUUGACCAAAAGCAUCAAAGUCAGCAGCGUCGAGGCUCGAGAAUCAGUCGGCUGCUCCGUCCACCUCUCCAACAACGGCAGCAGAAAUCACAAACCGAAGAUGCCAGUGUUCCGCUUCGACGGCAACUGACCUUGCUACUUGGGAGAGCGAGCAGCGAUCCGCAGGGCCCAUACGCCAUUGCAAGCUCUGAACCGAAGUCUCAAAGACGAAUGCAAGAAAUCCAGGUGGCUCAGAGAUCGAACGAUCCCAAUCACGAUUGCAGCGUUCGCGGCCAUUCGGUCAUCUUCGAGCAGAAGGAAGAGCGGAGAAGGGUUUCGAGCACCAGUGUAAUCGUUAUCGAGCAGCAGAAGCAAGCGUGUCGAAGCUUACCUACACGGACCGGCUUGGCGAGGAAGGCGCCUUUAGUGACGAUGCAGCCAGGUUUGCAGCAACAACCACCCUUGCCUCUGAAGAAGGCAUCUGCAACAGUCCCAUUAUUACCUGAGCCUCCGGCACGACCUGAUGAAGCCAAUAUUUUGUGGAAUCAGCUGGAGAAAGAGCUGGGAGUGAAGCUUGGGCCCGCCAACACGCCCUCUUCCUCGCAAUCUAAGUCUGUCGAAAGGCAUAAGAUGACCACUACACCGCACCAAUACUCUUCUCCUACCAAGCCAACGGAACGAUUGCGACCUCCAGCCAGAUCGCGCGCCUCGAGGAUCCCAGUACCUUCGCGAAGGCUCCUUUGCACCGACUCGGGCAUUGCUCCCACUCUGGUCCUAUCGUCGUUGUCGCGCGAAUCUCUGCCCAGGGCAAGACCGUUUAAAACGUCGUUGAAGUACAGGAAAGCGUCUUUCGAUUGCAGCAAGCGUCCACCGGUGCAAGCAAAAUCUCUUUCGGUCAGGUGUCAGAGCAGGCUGCCGGCAACCAUCAUCACGAAACCGGUGCCAUCUUCCUCUACUGAUCCACUCGUGUACAUUGCGGCAGGCGAGAGCUUGACGAGGGCACAUUCGUGCACCUCGACAUUGUGGUCGGAGCCCUCGUGCUACUCCGGCGUGUCAGACUCGACGAUGCCCUCGUCGAUGCCCAUUACGCCUACAAAACCACGCGCGCCAGGCAAUGCCGAGACACCACCGUCGCCGACGCCUGCUCCUCGAGAAGAAAUCGUAGAAAUGUUCCUGGAUAUGCUUCGAUCAGAGCAACGAGAAGGCUUCCGGUGUGAUGGCGAAUCCUUCGGCUCGCCCGCGCCGUCUACGGCGCCUUCGUGGCGACAAGCGUGGCACGUAGCGACGCAGGAGAGGGAAUAUAUUGGCGUGUUCCCCGAACGAGAGAGGCGGAAGCGCAUCGAAGCCAUCCAAGCCAUGGAAAAAUGGAGAGGUUGAAAGAGGCAGUCCCCUAUGUCCCUUGCAUCUC